AUUGAAAAAAUAAAGGAACACAAAAAACCAAAAUGAUUAUGACAGUUGCUUCUACAUGAACCAAAUUGCAACAAAAUCUAUGCAUCAAAUGUGUAGCAUGUUUGGAUUUGUGGUGACUUGAGAAUGCAUGUGUGUUGGUUCAAACUCUAAGAAGCAGCUUUUGGCUAGCUUUGUAGCUAAUGCAUGAUUAUACAACAAAAGGAAAACACAGUGACAAAUAACACUAAAAAGGAAGUUAAUUAAUUACGGUCAUCCUCAUCAGUUGCUCGAAAUGAGAUUUGUGGUCGUUGCGAACCAAAAAUCGCACAAGUCAAUUUCCAUUUAAGCUUGGAGAGAAAAGAUGAAGUCGUGGAAGAGGUACUGGAAGACAACAGUAGAUGUAUAACUUUGCGAGGAAAGUGGAAAUGAGCACAAAGCUAUCUCAAAUGUGGCUUCAAAAGGGAUGAAAUCUAAGACAACAGUAGUGUAGCCAUGCUAUAAACUAGUAUUUAACACCCCUGCAAAGAAGGAGGAAACUAUAUCUCUGUCAACAAAAUUGUUUAUUAAUUUUAUUUUUGCAAAAAAUGUAUUGAAGAACUUGUAGACAAAAUUAUUUUUGAAGAACUGAAUGGAAUAUGCAUUCACAAAUUCCAUUUGCAGUUUUUUAUUAUAAUGUUUUUUUGUAAAGCAUGCAGUUUUUUUAUUAUUAAAUCCGUCAACAACUAAUAUUUUAUUCCAUUAACUGAGGCGGCUACAUGCAUCAAAUUAUAAUAUUUUAUUAAAUAACAUAUUCUAGUAACUUGCACUAUUUAACAAAGCCAUUAGAAGAUGACUGUUGUUUUAUUGAGAGUCAUCAUCAGUGGUUGACAAAAGCAACACUGCCACAGUCCAAAUUUCAUAGUCAAAGAACAAAAAUAGUAUGAAAGCCAUUGUAAUAACCAAACCAGGUGGACCUGAAGUUCUACAGCUCCAAGAGGUUGAUGAUCCUCAACUCAAAGACGAUGAAGUCCUUAUCCAUGUCCAUGCUACUGCCCUUAACAGAGCUGAUACUGUUCAGAGGGAAGGCUCCUACCCUGUUCCUAAAGGUGCUAGUCCUUAUCCAGGUCUUGAAUGUUCUGGAACUAUUGAAUCAGUUGGCAAAAAUGUUUCCAAAUGGAAAAUUGGUGAUCAGGUAUGUGCUCUUCUAGCUGGAGGUGGAUAUGCUGAGAAAGUAGCUGUUCCUGAGGGACAAGUUCUUCCGGUUCCAACCGGGGUUUCUCUAUCGGAUGCAGCUAGUUUUCCUGAGGUUGCAUGUACUGUGUGGUCAACUAUUUUUAUGACGAGCCGGCUAUCCAAGGGGGAAACCUUGUUGAUUCACGGAGGUUCAAGUGGAAUCGGUACAUUUGCAAUUCAGAUAGCCAAGUACAUAGGAGCAAGAGUAUUUGUUACAGCAGGUAGCGAGGAGAAACUAGAUUUUUGCAAGGAAAUUGGAGCUGAUGUUGGCAUAAAUUACAAAACAGAAGACUUUGUUGCAAGGGUAAAGGAAGAAACCGGUGGACAAGGUGUUGAUGUUAUUCUUGAUUGUAUGGGAGCAUCCUACUAUCAAAGAAAUCUUGAUAGCUUAAAUUUUGAUGGAAGGCUUUUCAUCAUCGGCUUUCAAGGGGGCCUUUCUACAGAGGCAGAUCUACGUCCUUUAGUUGGCAAGCGUCUCACUGUACAAAGUGCUAGCUUGCGCAUGAGAAGUCCUGAAAAUAAAGCUGCGAUCGUUGCUGCAGUGGAGAAGAAUAUUUGGCCUGCGAUUGCAGAAGGAAAGAUUAAGCCCUUGAUUUACAGAUCUUUCCCUCUUUCUGAAGCUGGAGAGGCUCACCGGCUUAUUGAAAGCGGUCAGCAUAUUGGAAAGAUAUUGCUUGUGCCAUGAAAACCGUGGUAAAUACUCGAUGGACAUGACGCAAAAUACUCUUGAAUAAUUUGUGUUUUGAUUUUUGUGUGUUCUGUCUGACCUCACUGUUA